AUGGUGACGGUGGAGGAGAGCGACAAGGGGGAGCAGAGGGUGAAGGGGUCGUGGAGCCCGGAGGAGGACGCCGCGCUAACGAGGCUGGUGGAGCGGCACGGGGCCCGGAACUGGUCGCUGAUCAGCGCGGGGAUCCCCGGGAGGUCGGGGAAAUCGUGCCGGUUGAGGUGGUGCAACCAGCUCAGCCCCUCCGUCCACCACCGCCCCUUCACCCCCGCCGAGGACGCCACCAUCCUCGCCGCUCACGACCGGUACGGCAACAAGUGGGCCACCAUCGCCCGACUCCUCCCCGGCCGCACCGACAACGCUAUCAAGAACCACUGGAACUCCACCCUCCGCCGCCGCCGCCGCCACCGCCGCGCGACUCCCGUUGCCCCAUCACCCUCGUCCUCGCCCCUCCCCCUCUCUUCCUCAUCUCCGAUCGCCACCGAGCCGGACUCGGAUUCGGGCUCGGCCAGGAAGCGGCAGCGCUCGAGCGAAGACGCCAACGGGGGCGGAUGCAGCUCGUUGGCGGCUGACCCCACGACGUCGCUGUCGCUGAGUCUGCCGGGCGACGGCGGGGGGACGGAGAGAAGGUCGGGCGGCCCGCUUGGAGAUGUGGAACGGCUGAGGGACAUGUGCUUGGUGUCGAUAAUGCGGCAGAUGAUCGCGGAAGAGGUGAGGAGUUACAUCGACAAGCUGCGAUCGCCGGGCGCCGUCGACGAUACGGUCUCCGUUGUCGUAAAGGCCGAGCCCCCCUCCGAUCGCCAGAAUUAA